AAGAGACCAAAAGAACGGGCUCUCUCGACGUCAGCGCCGAGGUGAAAGAUAGGUAACCGAGGGGAUUUUUUAUAGAAUGAUAAGUUUUGAGCUUUUUUCAUCAUAACGGCAUGAACCGGAGCGAUCAAGCGCAAGCUUUGCUGCCAGCGACUUGAUAUCGAGUUCUGAUAAGGCGAAUUACCUCAAGGAUUUCAACGAGACAUAAGGUCGAGCUUUGCAAAUCAGCGUCUGUCUCCAAGGUUAUAUUCUUCAUCAGUUAUAUUCCUCAUCAGUUGUAAGUGGCGUAUCUGGAAGCUUGCACACAAUGCGUCAAGACAUGCGUAUUUGUCGAGCCUAGGCUGGCUGCAAAGUAGGAUCAGGAAUAGAGGAACUCCUCUGAACCAGCACUUAUCCCAAUGGGGGUUGCUCUUCAAGAAAGGGAAGAAAUGAAAACAGUGACACAGGGGGGGAGAUUUCCGGGCCAUUCUAUUGUUUAUCCACCCACGACAAACUGCUCACGAAGCGAGACAGGAAAAGGGGGCGGGGUACUGUACUGUACCUUCUCCGUGAGUGGGAUCCGGGAUUCCUCACUUGUCAUCCCUGACAAUCGGCUGCGGGGUCAGUUUCGGGAGUCGCAAUGAGGGGUCAAAAAUAUGACCACCUACAGUACUGUAGAGCUUCGAAUUCUCGGUUCGAGCACAUCAUAUCAUAUCAUAUCAUGGCAAACGGGAAGUCCUAAGUAUCGCUAGUGCGACUAUCGAGUCCAGUCUUGACUUUUCACAUCUCCGAAGCUUGCUGAGCAAUCAAUCCGGCUUCUCCGACUGCGCCCUUGGUGCGACAGAUCGCGUGAACUUCCAUGAGCAUCCAUAAAGCUUCAAUUAGCCCCUCCAACUCGGCAAACCUUCAGCGCAUGCAUGUCUGCAAGGUACGCUACCCGACUCUGCACCGCUCGAUUCCAAACUACGACUCGACUUGCACAAUUGAACAGCCAGUUCACACGCACGAUGGCAACCUCAAUUCCCAAGACCAUGAAGGGUGUUCUGAUUGAGAAGACGGGAGGCGUGGAGGUCUUGCAGUACAGGACUGAUCUGCCUGUGCCCACUCCGAAGGCCGGAGAGGUGCUUGUCAAGAAUGACUUUAUUGGAGUCAAUUACAUUGACACCUAUUAUCGCUCUGGACUCUACCCCGCACCCAAACCCGAAAUUCUCGGCCGCGAAGCAGAAGGCACCAUUGUCGCCGUUGGUAGCGGCGAUGUCCUCAACUUGAAAGUGGGCGACCGUGUAGUAUGGCUAGGAACCACCGCAUACGCGGAGUACAGCGCCGCACCCGUAGCCAAAGCCCAUGUUCUUCCCUUGGAACUCUCUCCAGGUGUAGCGGCUGCGUCGACUCUGCAAGGUCUAACAGCCUUGACACUCAUCCGCGAGGCGUACGAAGUCAAGAAGGGUGACUGGGUGCUGGUUCAUGCUGCUGCUGGAGGUGUGGGACUAUGGCUGGUCCAGCUGCUGAAGGCGGUUGGGGCGAGAACUAUCGGGACUGCUAGCACGAGUGUGAAGAUUGAGUUGGCCAAGAAGAAUGGGGCGGAGUUCAUGAUCAAUUAUAAGGAGGAGAAAGAUUUGGUAGGCAAGGUGAAGGAGAUUACAGGGGGUGCGGGUGUCAGUGUCGUUUUCGACAGCACGGGGAAGGAUCAGUUCGAGAAUGAUCUGGAGGUUGUGGCUAGGAAGGGAUCUAUAGUUUCCUACGGUAACUCGGUAUGUCUGCCCAUCUUUCUCCAUCCGUCUUUUCUCGAAAAAAGUGCUGAUCGAGGUAAACAGUCCGGCGCCGUACCUCCUUUUGCGAUCUCCAAACUGGGAGGGAAGAACGUUAAAGUCCUACGACCAACUCUUUUCAAUUACAUCUACACAAGGGAGGAGUACGAGAGAUACACGGCUGAGCUCUUCAAUUUCAUUAUCAAAGACAAGUUGAACGUUCAGGUGCAUGAGACAUAUCCUCUUGCCGAUAUAGCGAGAGCACAUACAGAUUUGGAGGGGAGGAAAACAACGGGGAAAUUAUUGCUCAAGCCGUAGGAGAGUAGAGUGAUAGCUGCAAUGAAUUGUGUGGGCAUUUGCUGGUGGAUUGCUGAAGGACAUAUAGAAUGCUUGUGGUAUAUAUAACACAAGCGACAGCGAAAUUCAGCUGGCCUACACAACACAAUGACCAGAACCGAAGACUUUUAAGCAUAGGUCCUCUGUCCUCUGGUCCAGCCGAAGCCGUCAUGUGCACUGUUCAAAUAGUCGAGAUGGAUCUGGGACUAACAUGCAGAGCUAACCCACCUCAUGUCUCAAUCAGGUCUCACAGAGUCCGUAACUUUAUUCGGUCGCUACCAGCGCAUCACAUGUGUAUGAUCCUGGUACUGCUCUGUCAAUAUGAACAAGCU